UCCCCCAACGAAGCCCCUGAUUCGCCAAAGUCGAGAGUUUGGAUUCGGCGCUGUGAUUCGUGAAAAAAAAAAAAAUGUUCUCCGACUACAGCUGCGGUCGACAACCCUCCAUCAGUAUUUAGGCUUCUCAUUCUGUUUUUGUAAUUUUUGCUAUUAAUGCAAUAAAACACAAAGCCUACUUAUCAAAAUGACCAAGGACCAAGACAAACCAGGAGAUGAAAAAGAGUACAAAACAUCUUGGAAGGAUAGCAUUUAUAACCCGAGAACUGGAGAGUUUGUGGGUCGGACCGCAAGUAGCUGGGGACUCAUUAUCCUCUUCUACCUGGUGUUUUAUGGAUUCCUGGCUGGAUUCUUUUGUCUCACAAUGUGGGUGAUGCUUCUGACUCUUAGUGAUGAUGUUCCAAAAUACAGUGACCGAGUCCCCAAUCCAGGUCUGGUCAUCAGGCCAAAGUCACUGGACAUAGUUUACAACCGAUCGGACGCUGCAAAGUAUAACCAGUACAUUCAGCACCUGGAUAACUUCCUACAGAGGUACAAUGACACAGAGCAGGCGUCCAAUGAGCUGUGCCUGGCUGGGGAGUACUUUGAGCAGGAUGCCACUGAGGUUGAGAAGAAGGUCUGUCAGUUCCGGAGGAGCUCCCUCAGACUCUGCUCUGGCCUCAGCGACUCUAGCUAUGGCUACGCUGAGGGCAAGCCCUGCGUCCUGGUCAAGAUGAACAGAAUAAUUGGCCUGAAACCUCUUGGAGACCCAUACAUCAACUGCACAGCCAAGAGAGAUGCUUCACUGCAGCUGCAAUACUUCCCCAAGGAGGGACGGAUUGAUAAAAUGUACUUCCCGUACUAUGGGAAGAAAACCCAUGGAAAGUACGUCCAGCCCGUGGUUGCUGUGAAACUCCUACUGACCAAGGAGGAUUACAACCAAGAGAUCACAGUAGAGUGCAGAGUUGAGGGGUCUGACCUUCGCAACAACGACGACCGGGACAAGUCCCUGGGUCGUGUGACGUUCCGGGUCCUGGUGACGGAGUAGAUUACGGCUCAGAGUGGAGCUCUAUGCAUGGCACACCCCUGCACCCUUUUACCCUCCCCUCAACCACUGUUUUGAUCUGGCCCUCCGGCAGGAGUGGACGGGCCAUUUGCAGACGUGGAAAUUCCAGUUGAAGAGAGUUCAUUCUUGUAAUUAAUCCUUAAUUAUUUUGUAACAUAUGUUUGGAUUUGCCUGUUAUUGCCUGUAUUGGUAAGAUAGGAGUGUCUCUCUCUGUAUUUGAAAUUUUCCUCCUCUUGGGCCUUGCCCUUAUCCCUUCAUACAACGGCCUGGUGUCAGACACACACACACACACCUUUCCCACAGCAUGGUGCUAGAUACACCAAGAUCAAUUGUUAUGCGUUUAAAUCUAAAAGUAGACUUUUGAAUUAUCGUAGUCAUCUACACGAUAAUAUAUCCUGUCUGUUUGUUUAUAUUCAGGUCUGUUUAUGUUUGUUUUUCUGCUCUCUGAUCAACUGUUUAAAAUGUAUGAGUUCUACAUAUGUAAUGGAGCACAAUGUUGAAGCACAGUAGACAACAAUAGUAACAAUAACGUGAAUGUGCCAAGAGUUAUUUAAACCACUGUACUGAACACAGAGGGACAUGUAUUUGUAAACCAAGUGAUUUUUAUAGCCUCUGCCAGAAUACCGCUUUUUUGUGCAGAUGCCUUAAAACCUAUGUAACAUCUCUGAAAUAAAAGGUUGUUUUAAGAGAAUAGAAA